AUGACCUGCACCAAACCAUAUACCACCCCUCAAGACCUGCACUCAUCUAUAUACUACCCCCCCAAGACCUGCACCCAACCGUAUUCCACCCCUCAUGACCUGCACCAAACCAUAUACCACCCCUCAAGACCUGCACUCAUCUAUAUUCCACCCCCAAGACCUGCACCACCUAACCAUAUACCCCUCAAAAGCUGCACUCAACCAUAUACCACCCAUCGAGACCUGCACUCAACCGUAUACCACCCAUCGAGACCUGCACUCAACCGUAUACCACCCAUCGAGACCUGCACUCAACCGUAUACCACCCAUCGAGACCUGCACUCAACCGUAUACCACCCAUCGAGACCUGCACUCAACCGUAUACCACCCAUCGAGACCUGCACUCAACCGUAUACCACCCAUCGAGACCUGCACUCAACCGUAUACCACCCAUCGAGACCUGCACUCAACCGUAUACCACCCAUCGAGACCUGCACUCAACCGUAUACCACCCAUCGAGACCUGCACUCAACCGUAUACCACCCAUCGAGACCUGCACUCAACCGUAUACCACCCAUCGAGACCUGCACUCAACCGUAUACCACCCAUCGAGACCUGCACUCAACCGUAUACCACCCAUCGAGACCUGCACUCAACCGUAUACCACCCAUCGAGACCUGCACUCAACCGUAUACCACCCAUCGAGACCUGCACUCAACCGUAUACCACCCAUCGAGACCUGCACUCAACCGUAUACCACCCAUCGAGACCUGCACUCAACCGUAUACCACCCAUCGAGACCUGCACUCAACCGUAUACCACCCAUCGAGACCUGCACUCAACCGUAUACCACCCAUCGAGACCUGCACUCAACCGUAUACCACCCAUCGAGACCUGCACUCAACCGUAUACCACCCAUCGAGACCUGCACUCAACCGUAUACCACCCCUCAUGACCUGCACUCAACCGUAUACCACCCCUCAUGACCUGCACUCAACCGUAUACCACCCCUCAAGACCUGCACCCAACCGUAUUCCACCCCUCAAGACCUGCUCUCAACCGUAUUCCACCCCUCAAGACCUGCUCUCAACCGUAUUCCACCCCUCAAGACCUGCUCUCAACCGUAUUCCACCCCUCAAGACCUGCUCUCAACCGUAUUCCACCCCCCCCAAGACUUGCACCUAACCACAUACUCCUCAAAAGCUGCACUCAACCA